UCCUGCACUUAAGACCUAGAGGAAACUUACACGGAUUUAUCCCUGGUCUUUCCCCUCUGUCCCUGAGUGAGGGGGCGGGACUGCAGUAACUGUCCAAUGAGACGCGCCGCUGGAAGGGGCGGUGCGCCACCUCGCAAAGCCACCGAAGGGACGGGGCUCUUAUUCGGGAUGGUUUGUCCCAGCGACUGCCAGCUUGGUUCUCUUCUUCCAUCCGUGUUCUACUGUGCCACGGAGAGAACCGGGAACCGGACGCGGGCGUCACUAGGACCUCCUGGGCAACGAGAUGGACUUGGUGACCUUUGAGGAUGUGACUGUGAACUUCACCCAGGAUGAAUGGACUCUGCUGGAUUCUUCCCAGAAGAACCUGUACAGAGAGGUUGUCGGGGAAAUCUUUAUGAGCUUGGCUUCUAUGGGAGAAAGAUGGGACCAGAAUAUUGAAGACUGGUACAGAAUACAGGGGAGAAUCUUAAGCAACCAUAUUAUAGGGAGACUUGGUGACAGCAAACGAGGCAGCCGUGGUGGCGAAACCUUCAGCCAAAUUCUUGACCAUGAUCUGAACAGGAAAAGUUCUACUAGAGUAAAACUCUGCGAAUGUGGUGUGUGUGGAGUAGUCUUCAUGCCUGGCUCACCCAGGAGUGCCCUCAGUGCUCACACUAGACAGGAAGCACAUGAUUACAAGUGUAAGCAACGUGAGACAGCCUUCCGAAGUAACUACUCUUUGCAAAUCAAUGACAGGUCUCACGCUGCAGACAACCCUUCUGAGCGUCAGGAACACGAGGAAGCCUUCCUUUCUUUGACCAGCCUUGGGGAAUUCGUUAUAACUCACACUGAAGGUGGACCCCAUAAAUGUAACGUGUGUGGAAAAGGUUUGCACUAUCCCAGCUCACUCAGAAUUCAUGAAAGAAUUCACACAGGAGAGAAGCCUUAUCAGUGUGAGCAGUGUGGAAAAGCCUUCAGUUGUUGGGGCUCAGUUCGAAGACAUCAAAGGACUCACACUGGGGAGAAACCCUACAACUGUAAGGAGUGUGGGAAGGCCUUCAGCUCUCUUUCAGGCCUUAAAGGACAUAUGAUAAGGCACACUGGAGGGGGCCCUUAUAAAUGUAAGGAGUGUGGAAAAGUCUUUAAUUCGCCUAGCGCACUUAGUAAACAUGAAAGAACUCACACGGGAGAGAGACCUUUUUUGUGUAAAUACUGUGGGAAAGCCUUCAUUUGUUCAACUUCAGUUCGAAAACAUGAGAGAACUCAUACUGGAGAAAAACCCUAUGAGUGUAAGCGAUGUGGGAAGGCCUUCAUUUCUAAUUCAGGCCUUCAAGGACAUAUGAUCAGGCACACUGGUGUUGGGCCUUAUAAAUGUAAAUUCUGUGGGAAAGCCUUUGGCUCUCCCAGUGCGGUUCUGAGGCACGAGAGUGCUCACGUUGUAUAGGAUUCAUGUGACUAGAGCUGGAAAAGCCUUCACUUUUGGUCAUUUGAGGACACAAGGUAUCUGAGAAAAUCUUUUACUAUCCUAGUUCAGGUACAGAAAAGAAUUACUGGAGAGAAAUCCUGUUUACAGAAUAUAGUAAAGCUGUAAACUGUUAGAUUUUAUCUAGAAGGCAUGAAAAGGUUGGAGAAAAAGCGUGUAAAUAAAAAAAUAAAACCUGUGUGUGUGUGUGUGUGUGUGUGUGUGUGAGAGAGAGAGAGAGAGAGAGAGAGAGAGAGAGAGAGAGAGAGAGAGAGAGAGAGACAGAGAAACAGUUAUUUUUGUUGAGGUGGGCCAGAAGAUACAUAGAAGAUAGAUUCUUAAGUUAGCCAUGAUGGCGCAGGCCUUUAAUCCCAGUACUGGGAGGUGGGGCAGGAGAAUCAGGAGCAUGUGGUCAUCCUCAGCUAUGUAGCAAAUUGGAGAUCAGCUUGGGUUACAUGACACCCUGUUUCAAAGGGGUGCCACAAGCCUUUAAUCCCAGUACUUAAGAGGUAGAGGCAGGUGCAUCUUUGUGAGUUCGAGGCCAGCCUGGCCUACA